UGUGGUAGAGACGACCAUGGACCAGACCAACGCUACGAGAGCUCAAGGCCAGAACCCUUCCGACGAACGCGGUGAGCCCUCCUGUUUGGCCAUCGCCGUCCGCCUCCCACAGUACUGGGACCAGCAUCCCUCGGCGUGGUUUCUUCAGGCCGAAUCGCAAUUUCAAGUCGCUGGUAUCCGCUCUCAAGCCUCAAAGGUUUAUUACGCCGUUGCAGCGCUCUCGCCCGGCGCUAUUAACGAAGUAGCAGAUUUGUUGAACUCCCCAUUGUCUACCGCCGCCUAUGACGAUCUCAAGGCAGCCCUGUUACAGCGCACAGCAGCUUCACAGCGUUCUCGCAUCCAGCAGCUUCUGUCCGCUGAAGAACUCGGCGACCGACGCCCUAGUCAACUUCUUCGCCGAAUGAGGCAGCUGCUCGGAGACAACGCGAGAUCCAUCGACGACACGCUGUUGCGCGAAUUGUUUUUGCAACGACUCCCGGCUAACGUGCAGAUGGUCCUGGCGACAGCCUCUACCAUGGACCGUACCGGACUUGCCGUUUUGGCUGACAAAGUCAUGGAAAUAGCCACCCCAACCAUCGCAGCCACGACACCGUCUCCGGGUGACAUUACAACCGCGCUGCAAACCCUUUCCUGCUCUUCAGCAGUGCAAUCUUCGCUCGACUCCUUGUGUGAGCGCGUCCCCCUAUCCUCUACGACGCUGCGCCGUGCUCCCUUAUGGGCUGCAGAAUUAAAACGUCGCCGCACGUCAUCUCGUCGCCCACGUAGUUCCAGUAAAUCAAGACGCACAGGCACCUGCAAUGAAACAUCACCUACAACGUCUGGCGUUUGCUACUGCCACCACCGUUUUGGAAACGACGCUCGUAAUUGUCGGCGUCCCUGCGCUUGGCAGGAAAACAGGCCGGCCGACCUCUAA